CAUACAAAAAAUAAGAAUUAAUCUUUUCAGAAAAUAUUUUUUAUGUAAUGUUUACAUAGAUUAUUAUAAUACGUUGCGUUCUUUAAAUUAAUUGCUAAAAUUAGUUAGUUUUUUCGUCAGAAGUUCUUCUCAAUUUAUAUAAUAAAAUUGUUAAAUUAAAAUAAAAAAUCUCUGUACCGCAAUAAUCAAAAAUCAAAGUUCGUUUGGCAGUGCUACCAACUUAAAUUGAAGCGAGAAAUUUUAGCAGGCGAAUUAAAGCCUUUUUCAAUCGGCUUCCGAGUUAACGCCCUUUUCAACCGGGUUCCGAGUUAACGUCAUUUUCAAUCAGCUUCCGAGUUAACGCCCUUUUCAAAUGGCUUCUGAGGUAAUGCAUUUUUAACCGACUUCCGAGUUAACGCCCUUUUAUUUGGAAAUGACGAUAUAGGCUCGUGAAAAUAUUUGCGCGUGUUCUCUUGUAGUAUCCCCUAACCUUUUUUUGCGGUCGAAAGCUUGCAAUGUUCUAUGUUUGCUGGGAAUUUUCUCUUAGAAUUUACCUUCAAAAUUAUGGUAAUCGUGGAACAACACAAUCUUCGAUGAAUUUUACUAUGCCUUUAGUGAUAUUUAGUAAAAUUUUAGUAAAAUCUAACUGAACUAUUCUGCAAUGUAAAAUGUUUUGGUUAAAUUUUAGUAAAAUUUUAUCAAAUUUUACUAAAAGUAUAGUAAAAAAUUCUUCGAAGUUCGUGUUGUCCUACGACUACCACUGAUUUUAAAGGUAAAUUCUAAAGAUCUAUUAUACAUCUAUAAUACAGUUACGCAGAACGUCUAUUAGACGUCUAUAAUAAGGUUGCACAGAACAUCUACUAGAUGUCUAUUAUACGCGUCUAAAAAAGGUUACUUCGACGUCUAUCUAGAUGCGUCUAUCGAUCUAGAUUAGAUGCGUCUGAUAGAUGUCUGCUCGAUGUCUAUCCGAUCUCGCGUUUCUCCCUGGGAUUAAUGGAUAUACAUGUUAUAUACUAUAAUGUAUAUUUUAAUCAUGUAUAUGAGAUGUACCCUGCUUAAAAUGACAGAUAGGUUAUGAUAGAAUUUCUAUGGUAAUUAAUACGAUAUUGUAUUAAUUAUUAUAGAAAUUUUAUGUGAUUGAGUAAAAUCCAAUCAUAAUCUAUCUGUCAUUUUAAGCAGGGUAUAUACAUUUAACAUACAAGAUAUUUUCUUCACAUUAUGGAAAAAGAUGCAUAUACAUAGAAUGUCCGACGUUAUGUGGGCAUUACGUCUUGAAAUUAUAAAUCAUUAUAAUAUGAUUAUAAUCAAAUUAUAAGCCAUUUUGCUAAGACAUAUACUAUUACACAACAUGCGUUUAUCCAACAGCAACAAUUUGAUGUUACUGAUAAAGUUGUACUGUUAAGAGGAUCCCAAAAGAAAGAGCUAAUUCCGGCAAAAUUCUAUUCCGUUAUAACCUUUAAGGUUUAUCUACAAUAGGAUUGGCAGUAGGUAGUAAAGUAGUAGGACAUAAGCAUUAGCGUAAUUUCUACAACUUUGGGUGCGGUCGAGUUGCCACUCUCAAAUGCUUUGAACGUUUUUGUUCUCUACGCUUCUAUGGAAUGGUCAAGUAGUGCUACCAAUGUUAGCAACACAAACCAAUUUGACCGAUCUAAAAUGUUCUGAUUGACCGAUUUGUAGUGUUUACAAAGUUUUGUACUUACAACAAAAAAGAAAUAUACAAAUAUUUAGUAAAAAUAUUAAUUUAUUUUAAUUUUUAAAAUAUGAAUAAUAAUAUUGUAGCAAUAUGUAUUGUACAAAAAUAUUUAGAGUGUACAAAUUAUCUUUACGGCGAUGAUGAUAUAAUAGACAUUAUAAUAACUUCUAAAAAUAAAAAAAAAAAGAAAACGUACUUAUAAUAUAUAUUGAAAAUUAUGUUGAACAUGUAAUACCGUCACUUAGUAGUGAAUUUAAAUCACAUUUUCGGUAUGUAUGUAAUAAUUAAUAACAUUAAUUACAGUUUUAUUAUAAACCAAUUCGUUAUUUUAUAUUAUAACUAAUUUGUAAGUUAUAUGUAUGUUAUUAAAAAUUUCAAAAUAAAAGUACCCAAAAUUUAUACUUAUAUUUAUAUCGUAUAACUUGAAGAAUGAAACUUUCAACUUUUGAGUUUAUUUUGAAUGAGAUUGGAGAGCAAUUUUGCCGUACUACUUGUGGAAAUGUAAUGAUAGCUGCAGAUAAGCAAUUUUUAUUAAGUUUAUGGCGUUUUGCAACUCCAGAUUCAUAUAGGUAAAUAAGUUGUUGUAUUAUAUUAUGUAGAGUUAUUUUGUUCGGUUAUAACGAUAUAAGAUAUGUUAUAUUAUGUAAUAGUAAAAUAAGAUUAUGCAGCGUUAGUUUGGAUAGAAGAAUAAAUAAAUGGAUGGAUUAAGGGUUGAGUAUGUUAGAAAAUUGUAAACCAAUUAAGUCCUCUUCUUGGCUAUUGUAAUGCUGCAGAGACUAAAGAUUAUUAUUGUUGUGCAGAGACUAAUAAUUAUUAUUGUUGUAGUUAUAUUUAUUACCUUUUGUAUUUUAAUACAAUUACAUAGAACAUAUUUUUAAGAUCAAUAAUUCACAAAUUUAAUGUUGCUAAAGGCACAGCAAUAAAUAGUGUGCGUCGUGUAACUAAAGCUUUAUGCAAACUUUGAUCAAGCUUUAUAGUAUGGUCCACAGAAAAUAAAAUGCAAGAUAUUGUAUCUGGCUUUUAUGAUUUAAGUCGUUUUUCUGAUACUAUUGGGGGGAUGUAGAUGGAACACACAUAAAUAUUCCUGCACCUGCGGUAAAUCCAGAAUCGAAAGAGACAUCAUUCCAUUCAUUUACAAAUAAACGCUUUAAUUAUUUUAAGUAAUAAUUACAAAAGAUUAAUAUUUUUAAUUUUAAUUUACUUAAUUUAGGCAGUUUUUUUAUUAAACAUAUUAUGUUAAUAAUUCAUGAUUGAUUAUUUGAUAAUAAAAACUAAGUAAUUUAAUCUUGAUAAAUACAUCUAUUGUUUAUUAAUUUGUUAUUGUAUAAUUUGUUUUAUUGUUAUGUGUUUAGCUUUUUACAUAUUUUUUAAUACUUAUUAUUGUUGAACUAUCAGAUAUAAUUCUAAGAUAUAAUACGGAAAUAUUUAGAAUUAAAUGUAUUUCAUCAAAAAUGUUUAAGUUAGAACUAAAAAAUACAUUUUUUGUUAUUUUACAUACGUUUCCCAUUAUAAAUUAUUAAUUUGUCAAAUACUUGAUAAAGAUUAGUAAUAUUGAAUUUGUCAAUAAUUAAUAUAAUAUAAUUAAUAAAAUCUAAAGAAAGUUUUUAUAUUACUUAUAAGCUAGUUGUAACCACACAAGAUAUUUUACACAUGUCUAUAUUGGAAAUGUGGGUUCUGUUCACGAUUCUUGUGUUUCCUAUUUAUCAUCUCUACAAGAAUAUAUAAAUAAUCCAAUGAAGUUUCCAAACAAUACACAUUUAAUUGGAGAUGCUGCUUACGCGUUACACAAGCAUUUAUUAGUUCCUCACUCUGAUAAUGGACACCUUACACAAUAUCAGAAAAACUAUAAUUUGUGUCAUUCUUCAACUAGAAUGGUAAUCGAAAGAGCGUUUGGUCCUUUAAAAGGCCGCUGGAGAAGUCUCUUACAGGUUCUGGCAAUGAAUCGUAUAGAUUUUGUAUCUUCAGUGCCGCCAUGUGCGAGAGCAGACGCACAUGGCGGUUCGAGCAGUUAAGAACGUGUUACGUGCCUUUAAGGAAAUUUACGUAAACGUAAAGGAAAAUUACGUAACAUUGUACCAUACCUCAUUUUUCAUAAUCCAAGUUGCUAUAUCAUUGCUCGACUAGUGUAUCCUUCUUUUCCGCGAUUCUUCAACCGUCUUUCCAUUAAUUAUACCACAAUUAUUCAGAAGUGGGAUCUGAAUCAAGAUGUGGGACAAAAAGACACACUUCAAGAGUUUACGAAUUACGAAUUGAAGGAGAUUCUCAAGCAGCUAAAUUUGUCGACGUCAGGAAAUAAAGCAGAAUUAGUGAUAAGGAUAUCGGCAGAGGACCCUGAUGGCCAGUAUGUGAGACGCUAUCGUGAGAGAGUCGACGAAGCGAUCGGCACGUCUAACAUGGCGAGAGCAGGACCCAGCAACGAUUCAUCGAAUAAUGACGACGCAGUGAGAUCAGAUCCGCAAGCAGGCAAUUUGAAGAGCAGAGCUGCCGGAAGAUCAACCUUUCAUGACUAUUACCAUGAAAAGAUCAUCAAAGCCAAUCAAAUUCCAAUACCAGAGGAUGAGAUUCUCGAUUAUAUUAUAGAUGGCAUUUCCGACUCGCAUUUGAAACUCGCAUCUGACCAUGCCAGACUGAAGAAUUUUACGUCAGCUGCAGAAAUGAUGCGUGCUUUAAAAAAAAACCACAAUUUGUUCAGAUUCCAAGGGUUUGAUCCAGGAUGACCAGCAAUAAGAAUGAAGUGAUAGCCAAGGAGUCCAAGUCUACUGCCAAGAAGGAAACUCGACUUAAGAGUAACAGGUGCUACAAUUGCAACCAGGACACCUCGCCAGCGAGUGUAAGCAUCUUUGAAGAGAAAAGAGUUCCUGCUACAGCUAUGAAAAUUUCGGCCACAUGAUCAAGGACUGCUCUAAGAAAUCAGCGCCCGCCGAAAGAAAAGAAAUUGGUAACGUUGAAAGAAUCCAGGCUGAUUGCGAUUUCCAACAAGAUGUCACCUACGAAAUAAAUUAUCCCGAGGUUAAGUAUGUCUUACAAUUAAAUACCUUGUUUGACACAGGAAGUCCUGUCAGUUUUAUUAGAAAACGAUUUGUAAAAUAAUAUGAUACUAAUGGUAUUCGUGAAUUACAGAAUAGCUUCUGCGGCAUUAAUCAGUCAAGGCUUUUAAUUAAAGGCGUUAUUAAGACAGAUAUUUUAUUCAACUAAGUUAAAAAAACGGGUGUUACUUUGUUAGUCGUACCUGACAACACUAUGUCGUCGUACGUAGUUUUAGGACGGGAUACCUUGAAACUUUUUCAGUUACAAUUAACAGAUGUUAAUUUAAACGAGCAGACUAGCGAGAUUAAUGCUGUACUAAAUAUAGAUUUGAAUUAUUCUACUAAUAAUGAUUUGAAUG